AUGCACCGACACGCUGCCCAUGGCCAGGGCUUCCCCAAGUCCAUCGGUCUCUGCGGCGAGGGCACCUGCUCCGAGGUCCCCAUCAUGUUCGGCCCGCAGGGCGAGCCCAACGGCGUCGGCCCCGUGGCCAACACCGUGCCCCUGGGCACCGAGGGCGGCUACCCAGAGAUGAUCUCUUUCUGCGGCGAGGGCAAGUGCGUCACGGUGUGCGUCUUCUCCAUGGGCCCCACCGGCAUGGCCGAGGCCAUGGAGGCCAACCUCGGCGUGGGAGCCAUGGGCGACUGGCCCGCCAGCAUCGGCGUCUGCGGCCACGGCAUGUGCAAGGCCGUCCCCGUUAACGUGGAGGGCGGCGUCGCCGUCAGCGUCGGCCCCGUGGACAAGUGCGACGACAUCGGUGCCCCUGGCGCCUACCCCGCGGACGUCGGCGUGUGCGGGCUGGGCAUGUGCGUGGCCGUGCCCGUCGUCUGCGAGGGCACGGCCCCCUGCGAGUGCCCGGCCUCGGGCUAG